CACGAAGAGCUCAAAUCAAAUUCGAAUUUUGUUUUUUGUUUUUAAGAAAAUUAUUAGAAAAAGAAAAUGGCUAGAAUCGCAAUAGGUAAUGCGGCUGAGAUUGGCCAAGCCGACGCACUCAAGGCGGCUUUGGCUGAGUUCAUCUCAAUGCUCAUCUUCGUUUUCGCCGGCGAAGGCUCCGGCAUGGCAUACAAUAAGCUGACGAACAAUGGCGCGGCAACGCCAGCCGGAUUGGUGUCGGCUUCCUUGUCUCACGCAUUUGCUCUAUUCGUGGCGGUAUCAGUCGGAGCUAACAUCUCCGGCGGCCAUGUCAACCCCGCCGUGACGUUUGGUGCCUUUGUUGGUGGCCACAUCACUCUCAUGAGGAGUGUCUUGUAUUGGAUCGCUCAGUUGCUUGGCUCUGUUGUUGCUUGCUUGCUUCUCAAGUUCGCCACUGGUGGAUUGGAAACAUCGGCCUUCGCUCUAUCAUCCGGAGUAGGAGCAUGGAACGCAGUUGUGUUCGAGAUAGUGAUGACUUUCGGGCUAGUCUACACGGUGUACGCGACCGCAGUGGAUCCCAAAAAGGGUGACAUUGGCAUAAUUGCCCCUAUUGCCAUUGGUUUCAUUGUGGGCGCCAACAUCUUGGCUGGUGGCGCGUUCGACGGGGCCUCCAUGAACCCAGCCGUCUCAUUUGGGCCUGCUGUGGUUAGCUGGACUUGGGCCAACCACUGGGUGUACUGGCUCGGCCCAUUUGUGGGUGCUGGCAUUGCUGCCCUUGUGUACGAGAUUAUCUUCAUCUGCCCAGCCACACACGAACAACUCCCAACCACGGAUUACUAAGCUGUUGUAGAAAAUUGGGUUGUUGGGUUUUGUUAAUUGGGUAUAAUUGAUGUUGUUUGUAUUUGGUUGUUGUUGAAUGUUGAUUCCCUAGAGAAUCUUCUUGUGGUCUUUUUUUUGUUUUUUAGUCUCACUUUCAAUCAAAAAAUUUGUUGAGAUGUUCUA